UCCAAAGAAAAAAUAAAGAGUUGUCUACAAUGGAACAUGUACAGUCAAUUAUUAAAAGGACAAGCCUAACAAAUUAUUAAAUAAAAAUUUAUAAUUCGAUAAUUAAUUCCAUCUAACGGGCGGGGAAGUAAGUACGUGCCUAUAUUUGCACAUGCGUAAUAAGUUCCAAUAUCAGAUGAUUAUUUGAGUUUGUGACAACACAAUAUCAGCUGUCACUUCGUUGAAUAUUUUUAAUGAUUCUUUUUUUAAUUUAAAACGUGACACGUGAAAAUGAUGUCAGAAAGAGAUUAUGCACCCCUCAGUACUGCUUGUGUACGUUCCCUUAAUGACAAACUUUAUGAAAAAAGAAAACCAGCUGCUUUGGAAAUAGAAAAAAUGGUAAAAGAAUUUUCUGCACAUAAUAAUACUGUUCAAAUCAAACGACUUUUAAAAGUGCUUGGUCAAGACUUUGCUACCUCGCAGAAUCCACAUACAAGAAAAGGUGGUUUGAUAGGUUUAGCAGCAAUAGCAGUUGGCCUGGGAAAAGAUACCGGUCAAUACAUAGAAGAUUUAAUUCAUCCUAUUCUAGCUUGUUUCUGUGAUUCUGAUUUACGUGUAAGAUAUUAUGCUUGUGAAAGUUUAUAUAAUGUAGUAAAAGUAGCACGAGGUGCUGUAUUACCACAGUUCACAGAUAUUUUUGCAGCACUUAGUAAAUUAGCAUGCGAUUCUGAACAAAAUGUAAAAAAUGCUACAGAGCUACUGGACAGACUUAUGAAGGAUAUAGUAACAGAGAGUGGGCUGUUUGAUUUAGUUGGAUUCAUGCCAUUACUACGAGAACGUAUUUAUACCAAAAAUACAUUUGGUAGGCAAUUUGUAAUAGCAUGGGUAUCAGUUUUAGAUGCUGUCCCUAAUAUGGACUUUAUUAUUUUUUUGCCUGAAAUUCUUGACGGUUUGUUUAAAAUAUUAGAGGACCCGACGCCAGAAAUUAAGAAAGUAACAGAUACGGUUCUUGGUGAAUUUUUGCGUAGUAUUAAGGCUAAUCCGGGAAGAGUAGAUUUUCCUGGAAUGAUAAAUAUCUUAAUUACACAUGCACAAAGUACCGAUGAGUUAUUACAGUUAACAGCGAUAACAUGGAUUAAGGAGUUUGUACAAUUAUCAGGACCUCUUAUGCUUCCUUACAUGUCUGGUAUUCUUAUAGCAGUAUUACCUUGUUUAGCAUAUGAUGGAGAUACAAGAAAAUGUAUUAAGGAAACUGCAACACAAGUAAAUGCAAACUUAAUGAAGCUUGUAACAAUGGAAAACACGCAAGUUGUAAAUAAUGCCAGUGCAAAUGAUGUUCAAACCCAAAAAGGUAAUGUUAUACUUGUUUCAAUUGUUAAAAGAAAAAUCGCUGUAUCAAUAACAUUUCUAAAUUUUCUUUCUUUAGAUUCUAGUCAAAAUCGUUCCUUAGCUGAAAGUUUAGAUUUGUCUAGUGUUGUUGAAGUACUAACAAAACACUUGAUGUACAUGUCAGUGCAAACAAAAGUUGCCGUUUUAAAAUGGAUUCAUCACUUAUUCAUAAACAUUCCGCAUAAAAUGUUUAAUCACAUUGAAAACUUAUUUCCAAUUCUGAUGAAGUCAUUAAGCGAUAAUUCUGACGAAGUGGUGCAACAGACGUUGGUCGUAAUGGCCGAAAUAAUUAGUUCGAAGUCUCCCAAGGCAGCUACCACUGAUUCAAAUGCAGAAAUGCAGAAUAAAUAUUUCACGAAAUUUAUUGUAAAUUUGUUAAGGCUAUUCUCAACUGACAGACACUUGUUAGAGGAAAGGGGAGCUUUUAUCAUCCGAGAAUUAUGUGUACUAUUAAGUGCCGAAGAUAUUUAUAAGACAUUAGCAAAGAUAUUGUUAGAUGAACCAAAUUUAAGUUUUGCGUGUACAAUGAUUCAAACUUUAAGUGUCAUAUUGUUAACAAGUUCAGAGUUAUUUGAUUUGCGAAAUAAACUUAAAGAUUUAGAUUCAUUGGAAAGCUGUAAAUUAUUUAAAUGCUUGUAUGUAUCAUGGUGCCACAAUCCUGUUGCAACUGUAGCAUUAUGUUUUUUAUCUCAGAUUUACGGUCAUGCUUAUGAUAUCAUUAGAUCAUUUGAAAACAUAGAAGUUACUGUGGAAUUUCUCACUGAAAUAGAUAAACUUGUACAAUUGAUUGAAUCUCCGAUAUUUACGUAUUUGAGAUUACAACUUCUACAAAGAGAAGAUGCCUUAGUGUAUGCACUGUAUGGUUUGCUUAUGAUUCUUCCUCAAAGCGAAGCAUAUGCAACCUUACAAAGACGUUUAGCAGCAAUUCCUCCGACAACAAAACCAAUACCAAAAUCAGAAUCAAAUUCGAAAUCUUUUAAAGAUAGACUUGACUUCCCAGAACUGUUGAAACACUUCCACACUAUUCAAGAACAGCAUAAAGAACAAAAACGUAAGCAACGAUUAACAAAUUUAACAGAAAAAAAUACAAAUCAUGGGGAUAUAUAAAUAAAAAUUGUUACAAACAUAAAUAUUAAUUUAUACGAAGGUAAAUUGAGUUUUCUAUUAUUAUACUUUUUUAUCAUAUGAACGUACUUACAUGAAAAAUCCACGCAUUUAAUACCCUUUA